GUUCAUAGUAAUACUGCAGCACAGACUGCACUAAAAUGCAUGCUAGAAACAGGCCUACAGAAUAUUAGUACUACUAAUAUUCCAGAACAGAUGUAGCUUCUGUUGUAGGCCUGUGUAACAGUCCCCACACAAAGAGAACUGUUCUGUAUAGGACUGAUUCAGCACUAUUCUCAGCAUAAUGUCCAACGUGACACUUCAUCUGUAGAAUCAGAUGCUACCGCAGUGACUGAAAACUCCACCUAAAAAUGAGCUAUGUUUUUUUUCUCAUUUGCAGCUUCCACAGGAUCUGAAGUGACAGCUUCUACAGGAACUGAAAUACCUGAGGUAUCCAUGAGGCUGAUAAAUGGCAGAAACAGAUGUGAAGGGCGCGUGGAAAUCUACUAUAAGGGAAGCUGGGGGACUGUAUGUGAUGAUUUCUGGGACAUAAAUGAUGCGCAGGUCGUCUGCAGGCAGCUGGGAUGUGGAAAUGCUCUCUCUGCACUGGGAAAAGCACAUUUCAAUCCGGGGACAGGGGAUAUUUUCCUGGAUGAUGUGCAGUGCCGUGGAAAUGAAUCCUACCUGUGGGAAUGCUCUCACAGAGGAUGGGCCACACAUAACUGUGGGCACAGAGAAGAUGCCAGUGUGCGUUGCUCAGGUACAAGUGGUUCUAUUUAUUUAAGUAAAACUCUGCAUUGGAAAACCUUGGACUCACUUCUUCAGACAUUCAUCGUGACGUUUAUUUCUGCUCUGUCUUUGGUAGAAGUAGCUCUGCGCCUGGAGAAUGGCGGCAAUCGAUGUGAGGGACGUGUGGAAAUGUUUUACAAAGGACAGUGGGGAACAGUGUGUGAUGAUCGGUGGGAUAUUGAAGAUGCUCGGGUCGUCUGCAGACAGCUGGGCUGUGGGCAGCCCAUCUCAGCACCAGGAGAGGCCCAGUUUGGGGAAGGCUCUGGGGUUAUUUUCCUGGAUGACGUGCAGUGCAGAGGGAACGAAGCUCACGUAUGGGAAUGCUCCCACAGCGGUUGGUCAAGACAUAACUGUGGCCACAGUGAAGAUGCCAGUGUUGUCUGCUCAGGGCCUGCAGCAUAAGCAGAGGAAAUAAAGAUGUGCAUUACCUUUAAGGCUGGUAAACUGCUGAGGCAUUUGCAAGAAAUCUCAGCAGGCAUUUUCACUGAUCUGCAAUCUCUAUGAAAACCAGAUUUCUCAAUGAGGAAUUAUGAGCACACCUUCUUUCCAAUCACUUUGAUCUGUUAUGAACUGAACAUCUCAGUGAUUUUGUCUGUUACCUAUCUGAUAUUCCACUGGAUGAGUACUGGUGACUCGUGCUUUUGAACUUUAGUUCAUGUAGCAGAAAUUAGAGCAAAGCUCAUCAAAAAAGUAGUGCCUGUGUUAUCCUCCACUCCGUGCCUCUCAAUCCUGAACUUGGAGAGAGAAAAAUAGUUCAAUUCCCCCCCAUAACAGGCUGCUGACUGCACUCAUAGAACCAGAACAAUCUCAAAUUGAAUGCUCCUACACUUAUACACUUUUUACAUUUGCUAAUGGUGCUGUUCAUGUGGGACUUUAGAAAAUAUAUUUGUAUAAUCCAUCUUUGUCCUUGUGCUUUAAUCCUCUCUCAGGCUUGUAAACAUUCAGAUAUUCAAACCAACUGAAACUGAAUCUGAUUAAAAACUGAUCCAGUAAAAACGUUUUCACAAAUGGAGUCAGCAUUUGGACUUAGGAUAGUCAGAAUUAUUUCUCUUACAUAUAUAA